GAGGGAGAGGGAGGCACAGGAGCUGCCAGUGCUCCCCACUCACCCCAUCUGCUCUAUCCAGGAAUAAGAGGGAGUAACACAUGCAUAACCUAAAAACCUGACUUUUUCUGUUGUCAUAGUGUUUGUGUUGAGUCUCUGGGAGCAUGGCUGAAGUGGCAGAUGGAGAAGAAGAGAUCCAGUUCCUCCGGACAGACGACCAUGUGGUGCUCCAGUGCACUGCGUCCAUCCUCAAGGAGCAGAUCAAGGUGUGUUUGUCCUGUGAAGGCUUUGGAAACCGGUUGUGCUUUCUCGAGACCACGUCCAAUGCACAGAAUGUACCUCCAGACUUGGCUAUUUGCACUUUUAUUUUGGAGCAGUCUCUGUCAGUGCGAGCUUUACAGGAAAUGCUGUCCAACACAUCUGUGGAUGAGGCUGUUGAUCUGGACAAAUGGUCUUCACAAGGUGGAGGACACCGGACACUGUUGUAUGGACACGCUAUCCUUCUCAAACACACCCAUUCUAGCAUGUACCUGAGUUGUUUGACCACCUCACGAUCACUGACAGACAAACUAGCUUUUGACGUGGGAUUACAGGAGGAUUCCACAGGGGAGGCCUGCUGGUGGACCAUCCAUCCAGCAUCAAAGCAGAGAUCCGAGGGUGAGAAGGUCCGGGUGGGAGAUGACCUUAUUCUUGUCAGCGUUUCCUCAGAAAGAUAUUUGCAUCUUUCAUAUGCAAGUGGUGACCUGAUGGUGGAUGCGUCUUUCAUGCAAACUCUAUGGACUAUGACCCCUGUGAUGUCUGGAUGUGAGCUGGCUGAAGGAUUUUUGACGGGAGGUUACGUGCUCAGGCUGUUUCAUGGUCAUAUGGAUGAAUGUCUGGCCAUCUCAGGAGCAGACCAAGGGGACGAUCAAAGAAGAGUUGCUCACUAUGAAGGCGGCGCUGUCUGCAGUCAUGCCCGUUCACUGUGGAGACUCGAGCCCCUGCGUAUAGCGUGGAGUGGGAGUCACAUUAAAUGGGGCACGUCUUUCCGCAUUCGACACAUCACCACCGGCCGAUACCUCUGUCUGGAUGAGGAGAAGGGACUAUUAUUGGUUGACCCUGAGAAGGCAAAUUCCAAGAUGUCUGCUUUCUGCUUCAGAAUAUCAAAGGAAAAAAUUGAAGUGACCCAAAAGAGAGAUGUGGAAGGAAUGGGCAUACCUGAAAUCAAGUACGGCGAGUCCCUGUGUUUUGUGCAACACGUCUCCUCUGGACUUUGGCUCACGUACGCUGCUGUGGAUGCUAAAUCUGCUCGACUGGGCCCUUUGAAGAGAAAGGCAAUUCUUCACAAAGAGGGCCACAUGGAUGAUGCUCUAACAGUCGCUCGAUCUCAAACAGAGGAGUCACAAGCAGCCAGAAUGAUUUACAGUACAACAGGGCUCUUCAGCCAGUUCAUCAAGGGCCUGGAUGCUCUUAGUGGGAAAAACAAGUCAGCCAAUCCACCAUCACUCCCAAUGGACACCGUGGUGCUCUCUCUACAAGAUCUCAUCUUCUAUUUCCGACCACCUGAGGAGGAGCUGGAGCAUGAGGAGAAACAGUUUAAGCUUCGUUCACUCAAAAACAGGCAAAACCUCUUCCAGGAGGAGGGAAUGAUCACACUUGUUCUAGACUGUGUUGAUCGGCUCAAUGUCUACAACACUGCAGCUCACUUCUCUGAGUAUGCCGGGGAAGAAGCUGCUGAAUCUUGGAAAGAAAUUGUUAAUUUGUUGUACGAAUUAUUAGCGUCUCUGAUCAGAGGUAACCGUGCCAAUUGCGCCCUCUUCUGUGAUAACUUGGACUGGCUGGUCAGUAAACUGGAUCGUCUUGAAGCGUCAUCAGGCAUUCUUGAAGUAUUGUACUGUGUCCUCAUUGAGAGUCCAGAAGUGCUGAACAUUAUCCAGGAAAAUCACAUCAAAUCCAUCAUUUCCCUCUUGGAUAAACAUGGACGCAAUCAUAAGGUCUUGGAUGUGCUCUGUUCACUGUGUGUGUGCAAUGGUGUUGCUGUGAGAUCAAACCAGAAUCUCAUCACAGAAAACUUACUUCCUGGACGCGACCUACUACUGCAAACCAACAUUAUCAACUAUGUAACAAGUAUGAGACCCAAUAUUUUCCUUGGGACGUGUGAAGGUUCGACUCAGUAUAAAAAGUGGUAUUUCGAGGUGAUGGUGGACCAGGUGGAUCCGUUUGUCACAGCUCAGCCUUACCACCUGCGCGUGGGCUGGGCUCUGACCGAGGGCUACAGUCCGUACCCCGGAGGAGGAGAGGGCUGGGGGGCCAACGGGGUCGGAGAUGAUCUCUACUCCUACGGCUUUGAUGGACUUCAUCUAUGGUCUGGACGUGUUGCCCGUCAUGUUGCCACACCCAAUCAGCAUGUUCUCACUGCCGAGGAUGUAGUCAGCUGCUGCCUUGAUUUGAGUGUUCCCAGCAUUUCUUUCCGAAUCAAUGGACAUCCAGUUCAGGGCAUGUUUGAAAACUUCAACCUGGAUGGCCUGUUCUUUCCAGUUGUCAGUUUUUCUGCAGGAGUCAAGUUUCGGUUUCUCCUUGGAGGUCGCCAUGGCGAUUUUAAGUUCCUCCCUCCUCCGGGUUAUGCUCCGUGCUAUGAGGCAGUGCUCCCAAGGGAUCGUCUGAGGAUUGAGCCCAUAAAAGAGUAUAAACAUGAUUUUGAUGAUGUUCGCAACCUGCUGGGUCCCACAGUGUCUCUGUCUCAUACCGCCUUUACACCCUGCCCUGUCGACACUAUUCAGAUUGUUCUGCCUCCUCAUUUGGAGCGCAUUCGAGAAAAACUAGCAGAAAAUAGUCAUGAGUUAUGGGCUGUAACUCGAAUUGAGCAGGGCUGGACCUAUGGAUUGUUCCGUGACGACAACAAGAAGUUGCACCCCUGCCUGGUGGACUUCCAAAGCCUGCCUGAACCAGAGAAAAACUACAAUUUAGCCAUGUCCGGGGAGACACUCAAGACUCUUCUGGCUCUAGGCUGCCAUGUUGGAAUGGGCGAUGAAAAGGCUGAAGAAAAUCUGAAAAAGUUGAAGCUCCCAAAAACAUACACACAAUGUAAUGGAUAUAAGCCAGCCCCUCUGGACCUGAACCAUGUGAAGUUGACACCCAACCAGAACACACUGGUGGAGAGACUGGCAGAAAACGGGCACAACGUUUGGGCCAGGGACCGGGUUCGCCAGGGCUGGACUUACAGCAUCGUACAGGAUAUUUUGAACAAGCGUAAUCCACGUUUGGUCCCGUACAAUUUGUUGGAUGAAAAGACAAAAAAAACAAACCGAGACACUGUUUGUGCAGCUGUGCGGACUCUGAUUGGUUAUGGAUACAACAUUGAACCACCUGACCAAGAAAGCAGUGGUCAUGGUCCAGGAACCUCUCGUGGAGAUAAGAUCCGAGUGUUCAGAGCAGAGAAGUCCUACGCCGUCACACAGGGAAAGUGGUAUUUUGAGUUUGAGGCAAUGACCGUUGGAGAGAUGCGAGUCGGCUGGGCUAGACCUUGUGUUCGCGCAGACACAGAACUUGGCGCAGAUGAGUUGGCGUAUGUCUUUAAUGGAUUCAAGGCCCAACGUUGGCAUGUGGGGAAUGAGCCUUUUGGUCGUCAGUGGCAGUCAGGUGAUGUAGUUGGCUGCAUGAUUGACCUCACGGAAAUGAACAUCAUGUUUACUCUCAAUGGUGAGAUGCUGAUUAGUGACUCAGGCUCAGAAAUGGCCUUCAAGGACAUAGAGAUCGGAGAAGGCUUUAUACCAGUGUGCAGUUUGGGCAUGUCCCAGGUUGGCAGACUAAACCUGGGUCAGAACGUGAGCAGUCUCAAAUACUUCACCAUCUGCGGCCUCCAGGAAGGAUUUGAACCUUUUGCCAUUAACAUGAAAAGAGACAUUACUAUGUGGUUUAGCAAGAGCCUUCCUCAGUAUAUAUCUGUGCCAACUGACCAUCCUCAUAUUGAGGUGUCCCGAGUGGAUGGAACAGUGGAAACUGCCCCUUGUCUCAAAGUGACCCACAAGACAUAUGGAUCUCAAAAUGCGAAUACAGACCUGCUGUUCUUCAGACUGAGCAUGCCCAUUGAAUUUCAUGAGACGUUCAAAGUCCCAGCUGGUACUACUCUCCUCACUCGAGCCUUAACUAUCCCGGAGGACGAAGUGAUAGAGGUGGACCCAGACUCGGAUUUUGAAAUACUCAAGAAGUCGGCUUCACGCAAAGAGCAAGAGGAAGAUAAAAAAGAGGCGUCAGUACCCAAGGAACCUCCUGCUAUCAAAAACGGUGAAAAUGAGAAGGAUGCUUCUACUGAGAAAAGCAAGAAGAAAGGAUUUCUCUUCAAAGCAAAGAAAGCUGCAUUGAUCACUGCUCCGCCUGUUGUUCCUACUAUGCCUCGCCUUGUGGAGGACGUGGUGCCAGACGACCGUGACGACGUUGACAUCAUCCUCAACACCACCACUUAUUACUAUUCAGUCAGAGUGUUUGCCGGCCAGGAGCUCAAUGGAGUGUGGGUUGGCUGGAUCACACCGGACUAUCACCAGUAUGACUCCCAUUUUGAUCUGAACAAAGUCAGAAAUGUGACCGUGACUGUAGGAGACGAUAAAGGCAACAUACAUGACAGUAUCAAACGGAGUAACUGCUACAUGGUGUGUGGAGGAGAGUUUAGCAGCUCCCAGCAGACCCGAGUCAGUCAAGAGGACUUCAUCAUCGGCUGUUUAGUCGAUUUGGACACUGGGCUCAUGACUUUCACCGCCAAUGGAAAGGAGAUCAACACAUUUUAUCAGGUGGAGCCAAACACAAAACUGUUCCCUGCCUGCUUUGUUCUUCCUUCAAGUCAAAACAUGAUUCAGUUCGAAUUAGGAAAGCUCAAGAACAUCAUGCCCAUCUCAGCUGCCAUGUUUCGGAGUGAACGUAGGAAUCCGGUCCCCCAGUGUCCGCCCCGUUUGGACAUCCAGAUGUUGACCCCUGUUAUUUGGAGCCGAAUGCCCAACCACUUCCUGGCCCCAGAGACAAAGAGAGCCAGUGAGAGGAUGGGCUGGAUGGUGCAGUGUCAGGAGCCUCUUACAAUGAUGGCACUUCAUAUACCAGAGGAAAACAGGUGCAUUGACAUCCUAGAGUUAUCUGAGCGCAUGGAUUUGCUGAAGUUUCAUUACCACACGCUGAAGCUCUAUGGCUCCGUGUGUGCUUUGGGGAACAACCGCGUGGCCCAUGCACUCUGCAGUCACGUGGAUGAAUCCCAGCUCUUCUACGCCAUUGAAAACACCUACCUCCCAGGACCAAUCAGAAGUGGCUUUUAUGACCUGCUAAUCAGCAUGCACCUGGAGUCAGCCAAAAGGAACCGUCUGGGAACCAACAAAGAGUUUAUAGUUCCUAUGACGGAUGAAACGCGCAGUAUCAUCUUGUACCUUGACAAGGCGAAUGCUCUUCCUGGAGUGGGGCUUACCACAUGUCUGCGUCCCAAACUGCAUUUCUCCUCUGUUAGUUUUGUGGGGACAAAUCAGGACAUUUACACCUUGAGCCCUGUAAUACCUUUAGAGACACUGAAGAAUAAGGCUUUGAACAUGCUGACUGAGGCUGUGCAAGAUGGAGGUCAAGCCAUGAGAGAUCCUGUAGGGGGCAGCGUGGAGUUUCAUUUUGUGCCUAUUUUAAAGCUUAUCAGCACCCUCCUGAUCAUGGGCGUGUUUGAUGAUGAAGACGUGACGCAUAUUUUGAAGAUGCUCGAACCUGUGGUCUUUAGUAGUCAGAAAGUGGAGGAGCCUGUAGAGGAGAAGGCAAAAGAUGAAGAAGGACCAUCUCCAAAACCUGUGAAAGAAUCUUCUCAAGAAAGUUAUGAGGAAGAAGAGGAGGAAUAUGAAGAUGAUGGGCUGGGCGAGGAAGAAGAGUAUGAGGAAGAGGAGGAGGUGAUAGAAGAACCAGAGCCCCUGCCUGCAGUAGUGGAGGAGACUGAACCUGUGAACGGGGAGAAGGGGGCAGAAGAAACUGAGAAAGAGCCAAAACCUGGAGACAGUGAAAGUAAAGUUGAACAUCUUGAACAAGGACUUUUCCAGAUGAAGCUCCCAGAGUCGGUCAAACUGCAGAUGUGUACCCUCCUGCAGUAUUUUUGUGACUGUGAGCUGCGUCACAGAGUGGAAGCUAUUAUCGCCUUCUCUGACCAGUUUGUGAGUCAGAUCCAGUCCAACCAGAGACAGCGUUACAAUGACCUCAUGCAAGCGUUUACGAUGAGUGCUGCCGAGACCGCUCGCAAGACCCGGGAAUUUCGGUCACCACCACAAGAGCAGGUUAACAUGCUGAUGAAUUUUAAAAACUGCUCUGAAGACGAGGACUGCCCUGUUCCAGAUGAGGUUCGAGAAGCAAUGGGCAAUUUCCACCGUGCUGUUCUUGCACACUGUGGUGUACACAUUGAGGAAGAAGAAGCAGAGGAAGCAGUGGACACAUCACUCAGAGGGCGACUGCUUCGUCUGGUGGAAAAGGUGAAAACACUUCGUGAAAAGAAAGUGGAGAAAGACCCUGAGCCACAAGAGGACAAAAAGCCAAGCACACUGCAGGAGCUGAUUUCACACACUAUGAUCCAUUGGGCCCAGGAGUCGUUUAUACAGAAUCCAGAGCUUGUUCGAAUGAUGUUCAGUCUCCUCCACAGACAGUAUGAUGGACUGGGGGAACUGAUGCGUGCCCUGCCCAAAGCCUACACCAUUAAUGCAGUGUCAAUCCAGGACACAAUGGACCUAUUGGAGUGUUUGGGUCAGAUACGAUCUCUGCUUAUUGUCCAGAUGGGUCCAGAGGAGGAGAGGCUGAUGAUUCAGAGCAUUGGAAACAUCAUGAGUAACAAAGUCUUCUAUCAACAUCCAAACCUGAUGCGCGCUUUGGGCAUGCAUGAAACUGUCAUGGAGGUCAUGGUGAAUGUGCUCGGAGGCGGGGACUCAAAGGAGAUCAGAUUUCCUCGAGUGGUGACAAACUGCUGUCGCUUUCUCUGUUAUUUCUGUCGCAUCAGUCGUCAAAACCAAAGAUCCAUGUUUGACCACCUCAGCUAUCUUUUACAAAACAGUGGCAUUGGUCUGGGAAUGAGAGGAUCAACUCCCUUGGACGUUGCUGCUGCUUCCUGCAUUGACAAUAAUGAGCUAGCUUUGGCACUGCAAGAACAAGAUUUAGAAAUGGUGGUAAAAUACUUGGCCGGAUGUGGACUUCAGAGCUGCCCGAUGCUGUUGGCUAAAGGCUACCCAGACAUUGGCUGGAAUCCUUGUGGUGGAGAGAAAUACCUGGACUUCCUCCGAUUUGCUGUCUUUGUCAAUGGAGAAAGCGUAGAAGAAAAUGCAAACGUUGUCGUGCGUCUGCUAAUUCGAAGACCUGAAUGUUUUGGUCCUGCGCUGAGAGGUGAAGGUGGUAACGGUUUACUGGCUGCAAUUGAAGAAGCAAUAAAAAUAUCAGAGGAUCCAGCAAGAGACGGACCAUCUGUUAAGAAAGACAGGCGCUUUCCAAUGUUUGGAGGAGAGGAGCAGCAUGAGGAGAACAGAGUGCACCUUGGGAAUGCCAUCAUGUCUUUCUACUCUGCCCUCAUUGACUUGUUGGGGCGCUGUGCCCCCGAGAUGCACUUAAUCCAGGCUGGAAAAGGCGAGGCUCUCCGAAUCAGGGCCAUCCUCAGAUCUUUGGUGCCCAUUGAAGAUCUUGUUGGAGUCAUCAGCCUUCCUGUUCAGAUUCCUACUUUUGGAAAAGAUAACAGUAUCAUUGAACCAAAGAUGUCAGCCAGUUUUGUCCCAGACCACAAGGCUCCCAUGGUGCUCUUCUUGGACAGAGUCUAUGGCAUUGACAACCAGGAUUUUCUGCUCCAUGUUCUUGAAGUGGGCUUUUUGCCUGACAUGAGAGCGGCAGCCUCCCUGGACACGGUUGCCUUUAGCACAACAGAGAUGGCCUUGGCAUUGAAUCGUUACCUCUGUUCUGCAGUGUUGCCCCUCAUCACCAAAUGUGCCCCUCUCUUUGCCGGCAGUGACCACAGAGCCAUCAUGAUUGACUCCAUGUUGCACACAAUCUACCGUCUGUCCCGUGGUCGAGCUUUCACAAAGGCUCAAAGAGACAUUAUCGAAGAGUGUCUCAUGGCAUUAUGCAAGCAUCUUCGUCCAUCAAUGCUACAGCACCUUCUUAGGCGACUUGUUUUUGAUGUGCCCAUACUGAAUGAAUAUGCGAAAAUGCCACUGAAGCUUUUGACCAAUCACUAUGAGCGCUGCUGGAAAUACUACUGCCUUCCUAAUGGAUGGGCAAACUUUGGAGUGGCUUCGGAGGAGGAGCUUCAUUUGACCCGCAAACUCUUCUGGGGCAUCUUCGAGUCCUUGGAGCAUAAGAAAUUUGAUGCUGAGAUUUUCAAGAUUUCCAUGCCCUGCAUCUGUGCCAUAGCAGGAGCCAUUCCUCCAGACUAUGUUGAUGCGAGCUACUCAUCCAAAACAGAGAAAAAAGCCUCAGUUGAUGCAGAGGGCAACUUUGAUCCAAAACCUGUGGAGACUACAAACACUAUUAUCCCCGAGCGCCUGGAUGGCUUUAUUAACAAGUAUGCAGAGUAUACCCAUGACAAAUGGGCCUUUGAAAAAAUUCAGAAUAACUGGUCAUAUGGAGAGGUGUUAGAUGAAAACACAAAGACUCACCCCAUGCUUAGACCAUAUAAAACAUUCUCAGAAAAAGACAAAGAGAUCUACCGCUGGCCAAUAAAGGAGUCCAUAAAAGCCAUGCUUGCCUGGGAGUGGACCAUUGACAAGGCAAGAGAAGAAGAAGAGUCAGAGAAAAAGAAGGCGGCAUCUCGAAAGAUCUCCCAGACUGCACAGGCAACUUAUGACCCAAGCCAUGGUUAUAGCCCACAACCCAUUGAUAUCACUCAUAUGGCUCUCUCAAGAGAUCUCCAGUCUAUGGCAGAGCAGCUGGCAGAAAACUACCAUAACACUUGGGGUCGGAAAAAGAAACUGGAGCUACAGUCCAAAGGAGGUGGUACACAUCCUCUGCUGGUGCCCUAUGACACUUUGACUGCAAAGGAAAAAGCUCGAGACAGAGAAAAGGCCUAUGAGCUGUUGAAGUUUCUCCAGCUCAAUGGAUAUGCUGUCACAAGAGGGCUGAAAGACAUGGAGUCUGACAUUUCCUCUAUUGAGAAGAGAUUUGCUUAUGGGUUCCUUCAAAAGCUCCUAAAAUGGAUGGAAAUAGCUCAAGAAUUCAUUGCUCACCUUGAGGCUGUUGUAAGCAGUGGACGUGUGGAGAAGUCUCCUCAUGAACAAGAAAUCAAGUUCUUUGCCAAGAUCUUGAUGCCGUUGAUCAACCAAUAUUUCAAAAACCACUGCCUGUACUUCCUGUCAACGCCAGCAAAGGUGCUUGGCAGUGGUGGACACUCAUCAAACAAGGAAAAAGAAAUGAUUGCAAGUAUUUUCUGUAAGAUGGCUGCUCUUGUGAGACACAGAGUCUCUCUCUUUGGCACUGAUGCCUCUGCUAUUGUCAACUGUCUUCACAUUCUGGCACGGUCCCUGGACGCAAGGACGGUAAUGAAGUCAGGGCCUGAGAUUGUGAAGGCAGGAUUACGGUCAUUCUUUGAGAGCGCAGCUGACGACAUUGAAAAAAUGGUAGAGAAUUUAAAACUGGGCAAAGUAUCCAAAGGCAACCAACAAGUCAAAGGUGUGUCUCAGAACAUCAACUACACCACCAUUGCCCUCCUGCCAGUCCUUACGUCUUUGUUCGAUCACAUUGCUCAGCAUGGAUUUGGGGAUGACGUUAUCUUGGAUGAUCUGCAGAUGUCAUGUUAUCGCAUCAUGUGCAGCAUUUACUCAUUGGGGACUGUGAAGAAUCCUCAUGUUGAGAGACAGCGGCCCGCUCUUGGGGAGUGCCUGGCUCAUCUUGCAGCAGCUAUGCCUGUGGCCUACUUAGAGCCACAUCUUAAUGAAUUCAAUGCAUUCUCUGUCUACACCACAAAAACACCUAGAGAGAGAGCCAUUUUGGGAUUGCCAAAUGAAGUUCAAGAAUUAUGCCCGGACAUCCCGGAACUGGACAUCCUGUUGAAGGAGAUUGGAGACUUGGCAGAGUCAGGUGCACGGUACACUGAGAUGCCUCAUGUUAUUGAAAUCACAUUACCCAUGUUGUGUAACUACCUGCCGCGCUGGUGGGAGAGGGGCCCUGAAAGCCUACCUGAGAUGGAGGGGCGAGUCUGCACUGACGUCACUUCGGAACACCUCAAUCAACUCUUGGGAAGCAUCAUGAAAAUUGUUGUUAAUAAUUUGGGGAUUGAUGAAGCUUCGUGGAUGAAGAGAUUGGCUGUGUUCUCACAGCCAAUUGUGAGCAGAGCAAAGCCAGAAAUGCUCAAAUCCCACUUUAUCCCAACAAUGGAGAAACUUAAGAAACGCACAUCAAAAGUAGUGGCUGAGGAAGACCAUCUGAGAAUGGAGGGCAAGUCAGAGGGAGAUGAGGAAGAUGGCACUAUACGUGACGAGUUUGCCGUCCUCUGCAGAGAUCUGUAUGCCCUGUACCCUCUGCUUAUCCGAUAUGUGGACAACAACAGAGCGAGGUGGCUGACCUGUCCAGACCCAGAUGCAGAGGAGCUUUUCCGAAUGGUUGGGGAAGUCUUCAUUUUCUGGUCUAAAUCUCAUAACUUUAAGAGAGAAGAACAGAACUUUGUGGUGAUGAAUGAGAUCAACAACAUGUCUUUUCUGACGGCUGACAGCAAGAGCAAAAUGAGCAAGGGCGGGGACUCAGAGGGCGGAGGCUCAGAUGCAGAAAGAACCAAGAAGAAGAAGCGUGGAGACCGCUACUCCGUGCAGACCUCUCUCAUUGUGGCUGCUCUGAAAAAGAUGCUGCCCAUUGGACUAAACAUGUGCUCCCCCGCUGACCAGGAGCUCAUAAACCUGGCCAAGAUACGAUACUCACUGAGGGACACAGAUGAGGAAGUAAGAGAGUUUCUGCAAAACAAUCUCCAUCUUCAGGGGAAGGUGGACAAUCCGUCCAUGCGCUGGCAGAUGGCUCUAUACAAAGAGAUGGCUGGGAAGGCAGAGGACGCAGAUGCUCCAGUAAAAGUUGUGAAGAGAGUCCAGGAGGUUUCUGCUGUACUCUACCAUCUUGAAGUGACAGAGCACCCCUUUAAGUCCAAGAAAAUGGUGUGGCACAAACUACUGUCAAAGCAGAGGCGUCGUGCAGUAGUUGCUUGCUUCAGGAUGACACCUUUGUACAACAUCCCAAGACAUAGAGCCUCAAAUAUGUUCCUUGAAGGUUACAAACGCAACUGGCUUUUCUCCGAAGGUUAUGCGUUUGAGGACCGGAUGAUAGACGACCUAUCCGUAAGUGCCAUGUUCUCAUCCCAUUUCCAUGCUACGUCUAUUUCUGUCAAAUGUAUGUUUUUGUUCACAUUUGCUUCUUAUCCACAGAAAGCUCUGGAGCAGGAAGAAGUAGAAGAAGAAGAGGAAAAAGAAACAAAGCCCGAUCCUCUCCAUCAACUUAUACUGCAUUUUAGCCGCACAGCUUUAACAGAAAAGAGCAAACUUGACACAGAUUAUCUUUACAUGGCAUAUGCUGAUAUUAUGGCAAAGAGUUGCCAUAUUGACGAAGAGGAAGAAGGAGGAGAGGAAAUGUUUGAAAGUACAGAGGAUGAGAUGUCCUUUGAGGUGCGACAGUCAGAACUGGAAAAAGAGAUGGAAAAACAAAGGCUGCUGUAUCAGCAGUCAAGACUUCACAACCGCGGAGCUGCAGAGAUGGUUCUUCAAAUGAUCAGUGCCUGCAAAGGUGAAACUGGCCCGAUGGUGUCCACAACUCUUAAGUUGGGUAUCUCUAUUCUGAAUGGAGGGAACAGUGUGGUUCAGCGAAAAAUGUUGGAGUAUUUGAAGGACAAGAAGGACGUGGGCUUCUUUUUGAGUGUCCAGUCUCUGAUGCAGACUUGUUGUGUAUUGGAUCUGAAUGCCUUUGAAAGACAGAAUAAGGCCGAAGGGCUGGGCAUGGUUUCAGAAGAAGGCACGAACAUGAACCUAGAUCGGGAUGAAAAAGUCAUGGCUGAUGAUGAAUUCACAUGUGACCUCUUUCGGUUUUUGCAGUUGCUUUGUGAGGGUCAUAAUAAUGAUUUUCAAAAUUACUUGCGUACACAGACGGGCAGUACGACCACCAUCAACAUCAUUAUCUGCACUGUUGAUUACCUUCUUCGACUUCAGGAGUCUAUCAGUGAUUUCUACUGGUAUUAUUCUGGAAAAGACGUCAUUGAUGAACCAGGCAAAAAGAACUUCUCCAAAGCCAUGACGGUGGCAAAACAGAUUUUCAACAGUCUCACAGAGUACAUACAGGGUCCAUGCACUGGUAACCAGCAGUCCCUAGCUCACAGCAGACUGUGGGAUGCAAUUGUUGGUUUCCUUCAUGUAUUUGCUCAUAUGAUGAUGAAGCUCGCUCAGGAUUCCAGUCAGAUUGGUUUGCUAAAGGAACUUCUUGAUCUUCAAAAAGACAUGGUUGUCAUGUUGCUCUCACUGUUGGAAGGAAAUGUGGUGAAUGGUACAAUAGCUCGUCAGAUGGUGGACAUGUUAGUGGAGUCAUCUAGUAAUGUCGAGAUGAUCCUUAAGUUUUUCGACAUGUUCCUCAAACUCAAAGACAUUGUGGCUUCAGACGCUUUCCGUGAUUAUGUGACUGACCCACGGGGGCUCAUAUCCAAAAAAGACUUCCAGAAAGCCAUGGACAGUCAGAAGCAGUACACUCCCUCUGAGAUCCAGUUCCUCUUGUCCUGCUCUGAGGCGGAUGAGAAUGACAUGAUAAACUAUGAGGAGUUUGCCAACCGCUUUCAGGAGCCCGCAAAGGACAUUGGCUUCAACAUCGCAGUGCUGUUGACCAACCUGUCUGAGCACGUGCCCCAUGAUACAAGGCUACAGAACUUCCUGGAACAAGCAGAAAGCGUGCUAAACUAUUUCAGGCCGUUCCUGGGUCGUAUUGAGAUUAUGGGCGCGAGCAGAAAGAUUGAACGUAUCUACUUUGAGAUCAGCGAGGUCAACCGCAAGCAGUGGGAGAUGCCUCAGGUGCGAGAGUCUAAGCGGCAGUUCAUAUUCGAUGUUGUGAACGAGGGCGGUGAAUCCGAGAAGAUGGAGAUGUUUGUGAACUUCUGUGAGGACACCAUCUUUGAAAUGAACAUCGCGUCACAGAUCUCAGAGCAGGAGGAAGAGGAGAAGGGUGAGGAAGAUGAUGAGGUAGAGGAAGUUGGAGGUGAGGGAGGACAGGCCGCAGGAGCUGGUGGGGGUGAAGAGGAGAGUAAUGGAGAAGAGAUACCACCAGAAUCCAGCUCUGCUUUUGCCGACUUCAUUAAUAGCACUUUAAGCUUCCUGAGCAUUUUCACUUUCCGUAAUCUUCGGCGUCAGUAUCGCAGGAUCCGGAAAAUGACCCUUAAGGAAAUCGUGGUCGCUCUUUCUGUGUUCUUCUGGACCAUCCUCAUGAGCAUCCUUCACUUUAUCUACAGUGUGUGCAAAGGCAUCUUUAUGAUCAUUUGGCAAACUCUGUUUGGAGGUGGACUGGUGGAAGGAGCCAAAAAUAUAACAGUAACUGAAAUCCUAGCAAGUAUGCCUGACCCGACUCAAGACGACGUACACGGUGAUGGUCCAGGAGAGCUGCGGACGGGAGAGGAGCAGGACACUGGUGGGGUCACAGACACGGGGGAGACUGGGAGUGGAGAGGAAGAGGAGGAGGAUACUCAGGAGAAUGAAGGAGGAAGGGUGCCGGGUAUGGAUGCUCCCGGUGGGCUUGGAGACAUGGGUAUUGAGGCCACCGUGGAGCCCCCUACACCUGAAGGCACCCCCAUAACCAAGAGGAAAAUGCAGCAACCAGAAGAGGCUGAUGGUGGUCAGAAACCUCCUGAACCUGCCCCAAUUGAAGAGCCCCCUCCAGAGCCUGAGAAGGCUGAUGCUGAAAGUGGUGAAAAGGCAGAAAAGGAGUCUCAGGACAAAGAAAUAAAACAACCCGAGGAACCCAAGAACCAAUGUGCCACCAAAAAAGAGAAGAAAACGAAAAAAGGAGGUUUCCAGAUCUGGACUGAGCUCGAGACUCAGAGGAAUAAAUUUAUGAACUACCUGUCAAGGAAUUUCUACAAUCUGCGCUUCUUGGCUCUCUUCAUUGCAUUUGCAUUGAACUUCAUCCUCCUUUUCUACAGGGUGUCUGAAACUCCUCCUGAAGGAGAUGAGCUGGAGGGCUCUGGAUUCUCCGAGGGCAGUGGUCUUUUUGAAGGGUCUGGUUUGUUUGAGGGGUCUGGAGACUCUGAGGGAUCGGGACUCAGUGAAGAUGAGGAAGAGGAAGAUGUUCCAGUUUAUUAUUAUUUAGAAGAGAGCACUGGAUACAUGCAGCCUACUCUGUCCUUCCUCGCUAUUCUGCACACAGUCAUCUCAUUCAUCUGCAUUAUUGGAUACAACUGUCUCAAGAUUCCACUGGUGAUUUUCAAAAGAGAGAAAGAACUUGCCCGAAAGCUGGAGUUUGAUGGCCUUUACAUAACAGAGCAGCCGGAGGACGAUGACAUCAAGGGCCAGUGGGACCGACUGGUCCUAAACACACCCUCUUUUCCAAACAACUACUGGGACAAGUUUGUCAAACGAAAGGUCCUGGACAAGUACGGUGAUAUCUACGGCAGGGAGAGGAUUGCUGAGCUUCUGGGAGUAGAUCUUGCCUCUCUGGAUGUAAGUCAGCAACAUGGGAAAAAGCAGGAAGAACCAGACAAUUCAGUAUUUGCAUGGAUGACCUCUAUUGACCUCAAGUACCAGAUUUGGAAAUUUGGUGUAGUUUUCACAGAUGGGACCUUUCUUUAUCUGUGUUGGUACCUGAUUAUGUCUUUACUUGGGCACUACAACAACUUCUUUUUUGCUUGCCACCUGUUGGAUAUCGCAAUGGGUGUCAAAACCUUGCGUACUAUCCUGUCAUCUGUCACACACAAUGGCAAACAGCUCAUGAUGACUGUGGGUUUGUUGGCUGUGGUAGUCUAUCUUUACACUGUAGUCGCAUUCAACUUCUUCAGAAAAUUUUACAACAAAAGUGAAGAUGAGGAUGAGCCUGAUAUGAAAUGUGACGACAUGAUGACUUGUUACCUGUUUCACAUGUAUGUGGGAGUGCGCGCUGGAGGCGGCAUCGGGGACGAGAUUGAGGACCCCGCUGGAGACGAAUAUGAGUUAUACCGAGUGGUCUUUGAUAUCACCUUCUUCUUCUUUGUUAUUGUCAUUCUCCUGGCCAUUAUUCAAGGUUUGAUCAUUGAUGCUUUUGGAGAGCUGAGAGACCAACAGGAGCAAGUCAAAGAAGAUAUGGAGACAAAAUGCUUUAUAUGUGGCAUUGGGAGUGACUACUUUGACACUACACCGCACGGUUUUGAAACCCACACUUUUGAUGAACACAACCUGGCCAAUUACAUGUUUUUCUUAAUGUAUCUUAUCAACAAAGAUGAAACUGAGCACACAGGCCAGGAGUCAUAUGUGUGGAAAAUGUACCAAGAAAGAUGCUGGGACUUCUUCCCUGCUGGAGACUGUUUCAGAAAGCAAUAUGAAGAUCAGCUUUCUUAGUCCGAGAUACAUUUGUUCAACUGGUUAAUCAUUCCCGGCCUUUUUGUAACAAGAGUUCAAAUGUCAACAUUUCAAAUCAAUGAUUAUGUGAUCUAGAGUAUAUAUGCUCUACUCAUUAACUAUAAUACUGUCAGUUGUGGUAUCUCUGUGUAGCUUAUUGUAAGCGUUUUUAUCAGUCCAUGUUAUUUAUUCAGAAGGACUUUUUAGUGAGUGCUGAUUGAAGCUAUUACUUAUUUUUGUGUAUUAAUGUUUCAGUUUAUCAUGUAUGUAUUAGAAUAAAUUUUACUUUGACAACA